AUUUUGAAAGUAAUGUGGGUGUAAUAAGUAUGUAAGAGGAGGAGUCAUUAUCUUCAGCCACACCUGUUCUUCCAUAAAAACUCAACUUUCCAGCUAACGUUAACUUCAGUCGGUUCAACAGCAUUAAGGUCUUUUUCAAGUGAACACUGAUCACAUGGCUCCAUCUCCAAAAUGCCAAGGAAAAGCAUGUCCUGCUCCUGGACCAGUGCCGAAUGGUCUUAUUCGGCUCUACAGCAUGAGAUUUUGUCCAUUUGCUCAGAGAGCAAGACUGGUGCUCACUGCCAAGGGAGUUAAACAUGAAAUUAUCAACAUCAAUUUGAAGGAUAAGCCUGAUUGGUUUCUGGCGAAGAAUCCUUCAGGGACAGUGCCAGUAUUGGAAACCUCAAGUGGUCAGGUGAUAUACGAGUCACCAAUCACCUGUGAGUACCUGGAAGAGGUCUACCCUGAGAAGAAACUGCUCCCAUCUGACCCAUUUGAGAGGGCCCAACAGAAAAUGCUGCUGGAGCAUUAUUCAAAGGUAAUUCCAUACUUCUAUAAGAUCUCUAUGGGCAAGAAAAGAGGAGAAGAUGUCUCAGCAGCUGAAGUUGAAUUUACAGAAAAAGUCUCCCAACUAAAUGAGUUUCUGGCGAAAAAGAAGACCAAAUAUUUUGGGGGUGAUUCUAUCACAAUGAUUGACUACUUGAUCUGGCCAUGGUUUGAGAGGGCAGAGAUGAUGGGCGUAAAGCAUUGUUUGGCCAACACUCCUGAGUUAAGGAAGUGGAUUGAAUGCAUGUUGGAGGAUCCAGUAGUCAAAGCCACCAUGUUCAGCACAGAGGAUCACAAGGUGUUCUUCAACAGCUACAUGGACGGAAAACCUAAUUAUGAUCAUGGUUUAUAGAGUAAAACAGAAUGAUUUCUGUCCAUCUGUGUGUGGAUUUUAUCAUUACUAUUUUCUUAGUUUAAGUAUUUUUAUACUGAAUUUACAGCAAAUUGAGCUUUUAAGCCUUAGACCUUAGAGUAGAUUCCAGAGGGCCAUGUAAAAAAGGCUACAAUAGGUAUAUGAACAUGCUUUUCUUUUAUACAUGAAUAUAAAUAAACCACAUGUACAAACCAUAAACAUUAUGGACAAAACA